GGCUCUUUCUUCACUAAUAUAACAAAGUUCUCACUGUCCCAACUCACUAAAAUUUGGUCUGCGUGCCAAUCGAACCUUCCGAAAAAUAUAUUCAACGUUACAGUUCGAUACAUCAAUAACUCCCUUCCAACGCGCCAAAACCUUGCAAGAUGGGGUUUAUCACCGACUUCAGACUGUUCGCGAUGUCUAGCUCCUGAAACACUUCUGCACGUGGUAGCUGGUUGCCAAUCGUAUCUAGAACGAUUCACGUGGAGACAUGACUCCGUUCUAAACUUUCUCGCAACAAGCCUGCAGACCGUAAGCGGCUCACAUCUUUACGUGGAUCUCCCAGGGUACAAAAGUCCAUCAAUCAUCACUGGUGACACCUACCGUCCAGAUUUGCUUCUUUCUGACCCUCAACCGGAACACUCUAUAUUGUUGAACUUACAGUUGGCUUCGAAUCAAAUCUUCAAAAAAACGUUGAGCGUAAAAAAAUCAAAAUAUAAAGAAUUAAUUAGGGAACAAAAUGAUCAUUUCAACUCAGUAAAAUUUGUAAAUCUUUCGAUUAGUUCUCUUGGUGUUCUCAGUAAAGAAUGUUCUACUUUCAUAGAAAUGCUUAAUGAUUUUGGUUUUCAAAAGCAACAUCAGAAUUACUGUAUUAGAAGAAUGACGACGAUUGCAAUCCGAACAACGUAUCAUAUAUUUUGUUGUCGAAACAAGGAAUGGAUGAAUCCGGAACUGUUAAGUGUUUAA